UAGUUACAUUUUCUAAACGUCAGCACAUUGACUGUUAAUGUCAUAUACCAUAGUGCGAAAACUUACAUGUUCCGUUAACCAAAUAUUGAUAGAUAAGUCGUAAAACACAUCAUUAUUGUAAAAAUGAGAUCGAUUUGACUUUGCGUUUACCUCAUAGAAGAUAAACAAUUAUAAAAAUGCACUUGAUAUACUUCUGUAUAAGUUUAUUGAUCAGUGUAUCGUCAUUAGCUCGUGGGAGCGAGCUGGACUAUGACGGAUGGUUGCAGUUGAGGUUAUGGCACGCGUUUAACGACGAGCCAGAACCGAUUUACAUAGAACGAGGAAACGUCACGGUUUCCAGCGUACGCAGUGGUGCGUCCGUUGUUGGGCAAAACGGACUUCUACAGCCUCACAUAAAUGAACUGAAAAAUCUUGCCAAAAAUGAUGGCAAGUAUAGACUUAAAGCUGUGGCUCGAACUUCUUCAGGAAACGAGAUAACAUUCCUAACUUCUGUACCCGCGUGUUAUCUUCUUGGUUCUGACCUUGAAGAUGUCAUAACUAUAUGGCUGGACAGUGCAGCAGAGCCAAUAGUUGUGAGCCAAACAUCACCAGGUCCUUGCAGCCUGGAGAGUCCAUUUACAAAUAUGUGGACCACUAAUGUUAUUGUUAAAUACCCAGAUGGUGGACCGGUUCCUGAUACCGCUACAUACAUUCAGAAACUAGUGCGCGAAAGAGAAGCAAGGGAAAGGGGAGAAGCCAAAGACAACAGACCUUAUCUCUCAAGAUAUUGGAUGUACAUUUUCCUUGCUUUCAUCUUUAUUGUUUUGUCGUCUGCAACAAACCCAGAAGCUGGUGGAGCGGCAGGUGGCAGUGCCCAAAGACAGUGAUGCAGAAACUGUGCAGUGUGUCUCUGAGUGUGUUCGUGUGGGAAGAGUUUAUUUAUAAAAAUUUA